UUGCUCGGACGAACAAAGUGCCGCUUCCGUAAAAUUGGGAUAGCAAAAUUUCUUCAAAAAUUCACCCCGUCGUUAGGCUAAAACUCCUGCGCAUCGCAAUGCCCCCCUUUCCAUGCCUGCACUGCACUGCACAUUCUCCUCUCCCUUCUCUAACUCUCUCCAAACGCGUUCCUUUCUCAUCAACACCCGUUCUCCUGUCCCCUCGUCCGCCGAACACCUGUCGUGCAACUGUCAACGUGACAACCCAUGCAAUUCCCAUCCCAAGCAUCGCGCAAGCGCGUUUCAGAAACCCACGCGCCUCCCUCCCGCCGCCCAGGCUCCCCCAGGACGCAUUCCACCCGCGUGUUGUUAAACUAGCCUCAGCUCGCGUUCGGGUCCGGGCUCGACCCAGCGCUAACUUUAGGGCUUUCGGUUCGGAGUCGGGACGUUUUGCAAAUUGCUUGCAUGCACUGCACUGCCGUUGAUGGCUUUUCGGUUCGCGAAGAUAGAUUGAUUGGCGGGCCUGAGGCGGGGAGAAUGCUGUUGGGAGUGUUGGAGAGGGGAAUAGAAAGAUAUUGUAUCUGAGGAAGGCUUCUGUAGGAGAAAGAGGUGUUGGAAAAAGACAAUAU